ACCAAUUGCAAUGGUUACACCUACUUUAUUGGCUCGUUCGAGUGCAAUCAUCGCACCAAUUGUUCGCAAUGGGAUCCCAUUGGCUUAUUUUGCCCGUUCUACUUCCUUGUUACCCAGGCAACCCUUGACUCGUUCUUUUGCUUCCACUACCGUUAGCUUCCAACCCGUUACUGCCCCCAAGCUAAGAGCAGAGAUAAAAGCGGAAAAGGUUUUGAAGAAGAAACUCAGAGAGAAAGAAGCGAAAAAGAAACAGAAGGAGAAAGAAUUGAAGGCGAAGGAAUUGGAAAAGCAGAAGAAACAAAGGGAGUUGGUCAAGAAGAAAAAGGAACAAGAAAAAGAGAAGAAAGAACUCGCAAAGUACAAAAAAUUGGAAAAGAAGGCUUGCAGUGGAAACUCCAGUCGUUUCUCCUUGAUUAACUUUUUGUUGAAAUACAUUCCUGGUAGUACCUUGAAGGAUAAACAUGACGCUAUUAAGCAACUUUCGGAAGCUGAAAUUGAAGUUUACCAAAAGGGCUGUGAUAAACUUGUCAAAGAAGCAUUUAGUCAUUUCAAACCAAAGCCAGACUACCCUAUCAUUGGUUAUACCAAAUAUGUUAAAAAGAAUUAUGGUACCCUUCCUGGUCCUGCUCACGAGAGAAUGAAACAUUUGGCCUAUUCUUGGAGAAACUUAACCAAAGAAGAAAAGUCAUUGUACGAAGCCGACCCCGAAAUAUUGAAGAAGCAUCGUGAAGAUCUUAAACAGUGGAAGACUCAAAGAGUAUCCGAUUAUUUAGUAGCAAAGCAAAUCAUCAAAGAUUUUAAAUUUGACCCAAAAGAUCCAAGCACUUAUGAAUAAUUGCAAGAACUUCAAAUUAGCAGAAGCUGUAAUAAUUUCAAUAAACAUGUUCU